AUGGGUGCUAUGGCGCAUUUCUCAUUUCUUUUUGUUGUAAUGCUUCUAUCCAUGACACAUUCAGUAGCUAAUCAGAAUGAAAAGUGGUGGAGCGAAACUAUUCCAUACAAAAUGGGAAAGGAGAAGAUGACAAAGUUACAUUUUUACUUCCACGAUAACAUCACCGGCGAUCAUCCGACGGCUUUCAAGAUCGCCGAAGCACCGGGAAGUAACAUUUCUGCAACAAGGUUCGGGGAAUUGUACAUGGCGGAUGAUCCAUUAACUGAAGGACCAGACCCAAAUUCCAGACUUGUGGGUCGAGCUCAAGGCGUUUAUGGAUUAUCUGGAAUGAACGAAUUGUCUUUGAUUAUGGGCAUAAGUCUUGUUUUUACCGGUAACAAGAAGUUUAAUGGUUCAACUAUCAGUGUGUUUACCCGGAAUCCGAUCACUCGUAAAGAACGGGAAUUCACAAUCGUUGGUGGAACCGGAUAUUUUCGAUUUGCCCAUGGGUUUAUUAAUGCCAAGACAUUACGAUCUGGUAAUAAAAAUGCUAUUGUUGAGUACAAUUGUACUAUUGUUCACUACUAA